AUGCCUUACUCAUUGCCUGACUAUGCGACUCCGUUCACUCUUCACAUCCCCGACGACGACUACAAGCAGUUCCAAGAGCUUCUUCGCCUCUCGCGCGUUGGACCUUUGACAUGGGAGAAUCAGCACAACGAUUGCAGCUAUGGUGUUCCGCAUGAAUGGCUUGUCUCAACAAAGAAAUAUUGGCUGAACAAAUUCGAUUGGCGCGCCCAGGAGAGGCGGAUCAACUCGUUUCCCAACUUCAAGAUGUCGGUCAGGGACGAGAAAGGCAAUGUCGACCUUCACUUUGUUGGCAUUUUUUCAGAGAAAGAGAACGCAAUUCCCAUUGUUCUUCUGCAUGGCUGGCCGGGUAGCUUUCUCGAAUUCCUACCAACACUCGAUCUCAUUCGGGACAAAUAUGAGCCAGCCGAAUUGCCCUUUCAUCUCAUUGCACCAUCUUUGCCAGGUUAUACGCUUAGUUCAGGGCCGCCUGAGAACGAAGCUUGGGCGGGUGAAGAUGCAGCACGGAUAGUUGACAAAGCCCUCAAAAUGCUCGGCUUUGAUCAGUAUGUUGUCCAGGGCGGAGACGUCGGAUGCCUCAUUGCUUCUCUCCUAGGAACCACGUAUGAUUCUGUGGUUGGAGUUCAUCUCAAUUUGUUACCCAGCUUGGAUCAAGUCGAAGCCGAUGAUCCAGAUCUCACCGAGGUCGAGAGAAGAGUCAUUCAGCGAGGCAAAACGCGCUUCCAAACGCCGACAGUAGGGGCUGCGAUUAUGAACAGUACACGGCCUGCGACUAUUGGAGCGGUAAUGUCGUCAAGUCCACUUGCUCUGUUAGCUUGGAUUGGAGAAAAGUUUCUAGAGUGGCCAGAGGAAACCGUCAGCAUCGACGAGGUUUUGACUGACGUGUCCCUGUAUUGGUUCACGGACUGCUUUCCACGCUGCAACUACACUUAUCGCGGCACCUUUCUCGUGAAGCCUCCCUUUUGCUUGCCGUUUAUUGACAAGCCGUUUGGGUAUUCAUGGUUCAUGCAUGAACUUGCGCCAGGGCCUAAGAAAGUGGUGGAAAAGAAGGGCCGUCUAGUUUUCUAUCGACAACAUGAGCACGGUGGACACUUUGCGGCCCUUGAGCGACCUGUAGAUUUCCUACAGGAUAUCGAGGAUUUCAUGGAGGUGGUUUUGAAAGAACUUUAA